ACUUUAUAUUUCGCUGCAGGCGAACGCAAAUCACGCUUAACAAACGGAAUUUAAAUUAAGUUUGAAAACAUUUAAAUAAUUUUUCUUAAAAAUGAAAUUAAUAGGUAAACAAAUUUAUUGGUGCAUGUUGCCCACUUUCCUCCUUUGGAUCUCCUAUCAACUGGCGCUUACUCAGGCACACCUGCGCAGCGUUCGCAUCGAAGAGAUACCAUUUAGCCUGGCAGAAAGCGUCGAUGAAGCUCGUCAAAAGGAAAGUCGCUUAUUUGGACCGAGCUUAGAGACCGAAGAGCGAGGCAUACUAGCGAAAGCUGGUCUAGAACAGCGGCGCGGCUUCUUUCAUCUCUUCAACAUACCGUAUAUAGUUUGCUUCUUUGCCGCCAAAGGCAAAUGGCCAUUUAUACCGACCUUCAUGCAAGGACGCGUCGAUGCGACGGCCAGGACAUUUUUCAAACAAAACGAUAGCGCCAUAAAGCAGUUCUGCCAAAAGUGGAUACAAAUUAAGCAGUGCUUCCGGCCACUUUUCGCAACGACCAGCACCAGCGAUGUUGAGCAGCUUAAUCCACUGCGCUCUACGCCUUGCACUUGCGCUAAUUCGAACGAACCGAUAGUUUACUUCGAUCGAGAUCAUAUUGGCAAUGUAAGCCGUGACACGAUCCUGAAUACUAUAGAGUUUCUAGAAAGUUUUCUGGUUCCACCAGUGUCGCCCACGAAGAAGUCGAAGAAGAAAAAUCGCGUACGCAGUCGUGUGGAUGAAAUUGAUAUUGAAUGAGAGACUUAUUUGAGAUUUUAUUAAUACCACAACUGUCCGAUGAAAUUGAUAGCAUAUAACAUACUUAUAUUAGGUUUUUAUUUUGUAUGAAUUUCUUGCUAUAUUUCAAUUAAUUUGCAUAACAUAGAAUUCAAGAAAAUGUAUUUAAAACUUUGAUUUGGUGGUUUCGUAUAUACCAAGACGUCGAUUUUCGAAUUUGGUUGUAAGAUAAAAAAACUACAGUGAAAUAAAUGUUCGUUUCCUAAAAUGUAGCACACGCUUAAUUCAAAAAGCUCCCUGUAAGUCGUUGUCGGGGUACAUGGUUGCUAUUAUUCGCUUUUCAAGGGAGGGUGAAACCAUGG